AUGCAUGGAACUAAUGGAUUUUGGAAUUCUUCAUCGCGAAAUUCUCGUCGUGCAUUAAACUGUGUUGAAUGUCAUAAAUCAUUUCAAACUGCUCAAGAGUUGUACUUGCACGCUGAAGAAUGUAUCGUUCAAGCAUUUGAAAAUGAAGCUCUUAAUACUUUUUCGGCUAUCCCAAUCCUUACCAAAGAUCCAGUUCACAUGGAUGCACGGUUUUCCACAACAGUCGCUAAAAGAGAUGUCCCACCGAUUCUGGUGCCAGAAACAAAUUUCCCAUCAAGGUCGCAGAAAUCUUCAUUAUCAUUGCAGUUGAAAGAAUUACAAAAAAAUGUGGCAAUGACAGCUCUUGUUUCGUCAGUUUCAAAAUCUGGUAAUCACCAAUCUUUCAUGCCAGAAGAUGCAGAGCUGCUGGAAAAUCGUAAUGGAUUGAAAAUUUAUGUAACGAUUGAAAAACAGUGCAGAAAAAGUAGGAAGAAAACCGCUGAUAAAAGUUUGGAUGCUGUAAAUAUAUUACGUUCAAAUAAAAGUGCUGAAGAAACAAAUGCUAAUUAUGCUGGCCGUUCCCGGUCUAAAAUUGCAUGUCCAACUUGUGGUUUGGUGCUCUACAAGCAUAAUUUCAGUACGCAUUAUAGAAUACAUACUGGCGAAUUACCUUUUCCUUGUUCAUUCUGCUUAAAACGGUUUCGAACUUCAUCGGCUCUGAAAGUCCAUACUAGAGCUCACACUGGUGAAAAACCAUAUUCAUGUUUGCAGUGCCCUUACAGUUGUAUCACAAAGCGAAAUCUUGAUCGCCAUGUUAUAAAUAAUCAUAUGAAAGAAGGAGAACGACGGGGCCCGCGAGAACGAAAAUCGCGAUAUAGAAUAAAUGAAACUGAACCUGUGGUUGACGAUGUACUAAUGGAUCCUGCUCAAAUUUGUAGUGCUGAAAGAAUUGAUCACCCUUAUGUUCUUCCUUCGCAGGAAUCUAGAUAUUUUGAUUUGGUAUUUAAUGUCAGAAAUGAAGAAGUAUAUGACGAUAUUCAAAAUAGUCAGUCGUCAUCUUACGUCCCGUUUUCUCUUUGUUCAUAA